UUACCUCCCAGAUUCUCGUAAAGCACAUGGUGCAACCUGUUACCUAAUGGACCAGCGUCACUUAGCUCCUCUUACCUUCUAAGGGAAACACUGACCUGGGAUUAAAGUGCACCAAGCCAUAUACAGUGGCCUGAGCCAUCCCAAGGAGUCCGGAGCCUCUAACUGGGGACCUUCCACACCCUCUUCGAGUGACUUACAGCAGCACCAACAGUCACGAUGAAAGUUCUAAUCUCUUCUGUCCUUCUGUUGUUGCUGCUACUGCUGAUGUCCAUCGUCUCUAGCAACCCAAGUCCAGGGGUCGCCACAGGCCAGAGGGACCGACGCCAGGCUUCUGGGAGGUGGAUCCAGGAAGGUGGCCAAGAAUGUGAGUGCAAAGACUGGUUCCAGAGAGCUCCGACAAGAAAACUCAUGGCAGUGCUCAGGCUGCCAAAGAAGCAGUGUCCCUGUGAUCAUUUCAAGGGCAAUGUGAAGAAAACCAGACACCGCAGGCACCACCGGAAGUCAAACAAGCACAUCAGAGCCUGCCAGGAAUUUAUCAAACGUUGUCAGCUAGCAAGCUUUGCUCUGCCUCUAUAGGAGCUCUGAGAGCCCCUUCUCCCAGUGAAACAUUCUCAGUCAAGAAGGAGUCAGCACACCUAGAGAAUGUCCUCCCACCUCAAGCCCCUUCUCCCUGUCCCCACUUCCUAAAUCAUUCCAGUGAUCUCAAAAAGCAAGUUUCCCAAGAUUAUUUUGAUGAUUGCUCCCUCUAGUGCUUUCCCUUGUCAGCCUUUUCCCAUGCCUUCUCAUUCCCCAGGCUUCAUUGAAUCUUAAUUACCUGAAAGAAACCAGGAAACCCCAGCUUCCUAGCUGGUUCCACCUGACCUUAAAUACAACCAGGCAAGUAGCAGGAAGAAGUCAGUAAAUAUCAUUAAAUAUAACAGGUCAAAAUAAUGUUUUUCAAAUGGGGUCUGGCAACUCACAUUCAAGACAGAUGACCAACUCUACCCUGUUCACUCCAAACUCAACCCAGAUUCUACAUCUACACAUACUUCUUCCCACCAUCUGUCCCUCCCUCUCUCUCUCUUACUCUCUCCUGCCCAACUUUUUAUUCUUUUACUCUUUCAACAAACCCUUUCUGAGGUAAGAGCCAAAUGGGGAAACUAAAGCAGGUAUGGCAAUGAAUUAGACAUGGUCUUGUUAAAGAUAA